CUAUGAGAGUAGUAAGGAUUUAUGUCGAGUUCCAAAACGUACAUACAAACAGUGACUCUUUGGCAGCAAAAUCCAUUAUUUACACUGUAUGCUCACGACAGAACACAGUCUUUUACAGUCACUUUGUGAACCCCGACAGUGAUGCAAGUAACCGCACACGUUGUGCAAUGUGUGCAACACAAUUUCAGUACAGGUACAGUACAGGUCCAAUAACUUGCUUGUUUUCCUUGACAUAACCAGGAUAUAUACACCAGAGAGAUACUCCUGCAGCCCGUUCCAUACAGUUUUCUCGUUACACAGGAAUAUAAUAAAUAAUAAAAAAAUAUUAUACAGGCUGACGGAGGACGGCUCCUUACCCGGUUUCAUUCAAUCUGAGUAUUACAGAGCUCUGGCUUGUUGCAGCGUUCACAUGAAGAGGCCCGAGGCAGAGAAGACUCUUCCCUUACUUCAAAAUGUCACCUCAGCAACUUGACGAUGACUCAAGGACAAAAGCUGUGUCACUGAAAUCAUAAGAGCCAACUGCACUGCAUUCUGCUGAAGCACUCUCCACAACAGAACAGAAGUCUGAAUUUUUUUUUUUUUUGGAUGUUUUGAUCUUAAAUUAUUUAUUAUUUAUGGAUUCUAGAACUAGAAUGUGUCGUAGAAUGUUAUUAUUUAUUUUUAUGAUGAUUAUUAUUGUCAUUAUCAGCCAGUAAAGUUUAAUUAGAUAAAUAUUAAUUAAUUAAAAACUACAUUAAAAAAGUAACAAUAACAAACUGCUGAAUGCUAAGUUGUCCUGUAACAGAAAGAAGUUUACAUCUGUUUCAUUUUUCAGUGUGAUUUUUGACCAGCGUCCAGUCCUACUAAGCUGCAUGAUUUAUGGAUUGGUACAAUGCUGCCGUCGUGUGGUGAAAAAGGUCUUGCGUUACCAUGGAGCCUUCGGGAAGUUCUACAAUAGACCCGUCAAGCGACCACAACAAGAACUUGACAGGUGGUUGUCCGUGGGAGGUCAACGAUAAGGUCAAGCUGUGUCGAUUCCUGUGCUACGGCUCUGAACGGGACGUGUACGCUGCUCGACAGGAGGAUCACAGCAGCGCGGAGAACGCCGGCGCUCUCCUCUCCUUGUUGCAGGAAGGUCGAGGGACCGAGGCGGUGGAAGAGAUCAAGAGGUUCUCCCGGGAUGGUACAGCUGUACGACCGGGGCCGUCGCUUUUCGCCCUGGCCCUUUGCUCUCAAUAUUCCGAGCUGAAAACAAAGCAGGCGGCGUUCAAGGCCGUGAAGGAGGUCUGUCGGAAUCCUGACCAUCUGUUUUCAUUCAUUCAGUAUAAGAAGGAACUUAAAGAAGGCAUGAAGUGUGGGAUUUGGGGACGCGCUCUCAGAAAGGCAGUGUCCGACUGGUAUAAUGAGCAAGAUGCUUUUGAUCUGGCUGCGGCCGUGACCAAGUGUAAACAGAGAGAAGGCUGGUCGCACCAGGAUCUGCUCAGGCUCUCGCACACUAAACCACUAAAUGAAGCAAUUGCGUUGAUCAGCAAAUAUGCAACGAAAGGAUGGAAAGAUGUCCAAGUUGCCUAUGCGGACAAGGAGAAGUCGGAGGAGGUUGUCAGAGUGCUUUCUUACCUCGAAGUGGUGGAGAAGGUGAAGCACCGCUGCGACGAAACCGAGGUCAUCACUCUGAUAGAGGAGCACAAACUGGAGAGGGAACAGCUUUUGACCGACCAUCUGAAGUCCAAACAGGUGUGGCGAGCAUUAUUGAAGGAAAUGCCUCUCCACUCCGUGCUGAAGAUAUUGGGAAAGAUGACAUCAAAGAACGUUCUCGAACCAGGGAGCUCGGAAACCCGAGCUUUGUGUGACCGAAUCCAGAACGAGACGGCGUUGAAGAAGGCAAGGAUGCACCCCUUCAGCAUGCUGUUGGCUUUGGAGAACUACAAACGAGGGCAAGGAUAUCAGGGUAAAACCAAGUGGAAGCCGGACGGUGACAUCCUAAAAGCAAUGGACGCCGCCUUUUACAGGAGCUUUGCGAACGUGGAGCCGGUAGGGAAGCGCAUUGUGGUGGCCGUAGAUGUGAGCACGUCGCUGAGCAGCGUCGUCCCGGGAACAUCAAUCAGCACUGCCGUUGCUGCUGCCGCCAUUACCAUGAUUUUUGCGAGGACAGACAUCGAUACACAAGUUCUGGUCUUCUCUAAAGAAGGGUUGGUUCCGUGCUCCGUCUCUGCAGAUAUGACUCUCGCACAGGUGACCACUGAACUGGUGAAGGUUCCAGACGGUUGCACGGACUUCACUCUCCCCAUCAUCUGGGCCACGGAAAAUGCAAAAAGUGUGGAUCUGUUCAUCAUUCUGACCAACAGUCCGAUCUGGAUGUUUAACGUCAGCCCAGUAGACUGCCUACGAAAGCAUCGAGAAAAAUUUGGAAUCAAUUCCAAGUUGGUGAUGUGCGGGCUGAGCUCCAGUGGACACGUCUUUGCGGACACAGAGGACAGGGGAUUAUUAAGCACGUGCGGCUUUGACCUCGGAUCUUUUUGCGUCAUACGUAACCUGGCUCAAGGUUUGAUCUAAUGAAGUGACGAAUUGUGGUAAAAAAAACAAAAAAAAAAACCUGUAUUUACAUAAAAUAAAGGCAAAAAUGGA